AUGAAUCUACGUGACCUGGUUAAAAACGGCCGGCACGAAGAGAUAUCUCGCCUGGAGCACCCGGAGCUUGGUCAGUUUAGGGCGGUUGCAUACAUCAACAUGGGAAGGUUUUCGGAGGCCCUAAAAUAUGCAGCGAAGAACUCGUUUGAGAGGGCCUAUGCACUGUACAAGCUAAGGAAGUACAAGAAGGCGCUGAGGGUUCUGAGGCGCAUGGACACCGAGGGAAGUAGGGUUCUUGCCUCCCAAUGCCUAUACUACCUGGGUUACUAUAACACAGCCUACAAAAUGCUUGCAGAGGUCAAGAGAGACGACGAUGUGGUAGUAAAUCUGCAGGCCAUGAAGAGCUUGGCGAUACUCGCAGAUAGCAACCAAUAUGUGUUUGGAAACAGAUUCCAGAUAAGAAAGAGAGACCAGCUUGCUGAGUUUGAAGACUUAACAAAGUGCCAGCUUAAGGAUCCCGAAGGUCGCAUUGACUUUAUAUUCAACCUGUCCUUUGAAAGCCUCUUUGACGAGGAAAUGUUCGUCAGCUUUCUCUCCAGUCAGCUGGAAAGGCCGGAAAUGAAGGGGACGAUUCUUGAGGAACAGCUGAAGAACAUCAAAGGAGAAGCAGUGGCCAUGGAUCUGCUCCUAAGAAACCAAAGGGAGACUGUCGAGUUCAACAACGGUGCUAUAGAAAGGCUUUCAAACCCACUGCACUUCCAGCAGAACUUCUCUGGAGCAGAUGGAGGAGCCGUGAGAGGCAACAUAUGCCUGUGGAUCGAGAAGGUUUACAGCAGCAACUUCAGCAUCAAGGCGCAAGAAAUUCCGCUGCUCUCCCCCAAGAUGGUGCUCCUUCGGAUCCUUACCCUAUGCAAGAAUGGAGCCCUGCCUUCCAGAAAGCUGAUGAGUAGGGUCAGGACAUGGCCCGAGUCGUCUAUCAAGGCCUGCUUGAGCGUCUUUGAUCCAGAGAUCCAUCUUGAUAAGGAGCUCUAUGUCAGGAUGUCACAGACCAUAAUGAAUUAA